AAAAGAAAGGUGCUCUCGCGGAGAAAAAGCUUGAAAAUCAGCGAGGUUGGAGGCAAACGCGGAGAGAGAGAAGCUAACAGAAACUAAAACUGAAAAGAGAGAAGAAAAAUAAGAAGAAGAAGAAGAAGAAGAAGAAAAAAAGGGGCCUAAAAUGCAGGGACUAUUUCGAAGACUAAGUAGUAGUUCAGAGCAUAAACUAAGAAGUUUGAAUGAGACGGUAUCGUUUUCGAAGAACCACGGAAUGGCUACUCUCAGAGUACCCGAACUUGUUCCUUCUCCGGCUCAGGACUCUGAGCGCCUCAAACAAGCUUUUGAUGGAUUAGGAACAGACGAAAAUGAAGUAAUAUGGAUAUUAGGACACAGAAAUGCAAGCCAAAGAAGGAAAAUCAAAGACACUUAUCAGCAGCUUUACAAUGAGUCCCUCAUUAGCCGUCUCGAUUCUGAACUUUCUGGAGAUUUUGGAAAAGCAGUGCUUUUAUGGGCAUAUGAUCCACAUGAAAGGGAUGCGAAAUUGGCAAAUGACGCCUUAAGGAAGCAUAAGAGGGGUGUUAAACACCUAAAAGUCAUAGUUGAGAUAGCAUGCACAACCUCUCCUCACCACUUGAUAGCAGUGAGACAGGCCUAUUGUUCUCUUUAUGAGUCUUCACUUGAAGAGGACAUUGCCUCUACGGUUUCUGCACCCCUCAUGAAGCUUCUAUUGGGUCUAGUGAGCUCCUACAGAUUUGAUGAAGAGGUGGUGGACUUGGCUAUUGCCAAUUCAGAGGCAUCUACAUUACAUGAAGGCAUCGAAAAAAAGCUGUUAGAUCAUGACCUUAUUGUAUGGAUUCUCAGCACUAGGAAUAUAUUUCAGCUAAGAGAAACUUUUAAGUGUUACAAGCAAAAAUAUGGAAACCCCAUUGAUCAGGACAUUAAAAGUUGUGGUAAUGGUGAUUUGGAAUCUCUUUUGAAAACGGUGACUGUGUGCAUAGAAUCUCCAGAGAAGCAUUUCGCAGAGGUUAUCAGAGAUUCCAUUGUUGGGCUGGGAACAGAUGAAGACUCACUAAGUAGAGCCAUCGUAACCCGAGCAGAAGUUGACACCAUGAAAAUCAGAGAGCACUAUACCAAUCUGUACAAAGCCAGCCUCGAUGACGAUGUUAAAGGCGACACAUCAGGAGACUAUAAGAACUUCUUGUUAACCUUGCUUGGAGCAAGAUUCUGAUUGGUCCAACCUGUAUGAACCCCUGUUUUCAUUGGGUUAUGAACCAUGGUGUGCCUGCAUUUGGAACUUUAGAAUAAAAGUGAUGAUAGGGAGUGUCAUAGGACACAAAUCUGAGACCUUAAAAUAUGGUGGUUCUAGGUUUGAUAUUUAUGAUGAUCUUGUAUAGAAUCUUCAUGUUUUGAGCUUAGUUUGUUUAUCCAUCAGAAUAUACAAGGGCAAUAACAAGGUAUGAGGACUUUACUUAUGACAAGAAAGUGCUCGGUUAUGGAAGAAUUGUACUUGUUUUACAACUGUUUGAUUAUGUCAAAGUUCUAUUUUUUUA